UUUAAACCAAUGGGUGUCAAUAUUCUUUCUUUCUUUCUUUUCAUUUUUUAAAAAAUUCUCUUGCACUUUCCUAGUAAUAUCGUAAAGGCAGAAGUGGUAGAGGUUGCAAACUGGACGGGACACAACUUGGUUUUGGAGACAUGGCACUAAAAGUUGUAAAGCUGGUCGUCUUUCAUAUCGAGCCAUUGAAGCAGAAGUGCUGAUAGUUCCCCUAAUGCUACCAGCUUUUCUUCUCUUGAAAGUUAAAACCAAACAGAACAAAUAAAUUGCAAAUACACCCAUUUUCUCUUUCUAUAUAUCACUAUUAUGGUGGAAAGUCGUUUAACAUUUGCUCCAAAAGAUGAGUUUCCUGCUGGUCUCCGUGUGCUCGUUGUCGAUGACAAUCCCACCUGUUUGAUAAUGGUUUCACAAAUGCUCAAAAGUUGUUCUUACGAAGUGACAACAAGUGAUUCAGCAAGAGAUGCUCUGAACCUGCUUCGUGAGAGGAAAGAUGGAUACGACAUUGUGAUCAGUGAUGUCAAAAUGCCUGACAUGGAUGGGUUUGAAUUUUUAGUGCAUGUUGGACUCGAAAUGGACCACCUUCCUGUGAUUAUGAUGUCUGUUGAUGGAAAAACCAGUACAGUAAUGAAAGGUGUUCAACAUGGAGCUUGCGACUAUCUUAUAAAGCCAAUAGAAAUGAAAGAAAUUAGGAUGUUAUGGCAACAUGUACUCAGAAAAAGGAUAUUUAAAGUGAGAGACAUUGAAGGGAUGGAAAGUAUACAGAAGACUAGAAAUGAAGAAGAUCUUACUUCAGCGGAAAAAAGAAAAGAUGUUGAAGACAAGCAUGAAGAUGAAGGUGACAAGUCUUCCAUAAAGAAAGUUAAAGCAGUUCGUUCCAGAGAUCUUCAUCAGAAAUUUGUCCAACCUGUAAGCCACUUGGAGAAAUACCAUCUCUAUUUGAGCAGCUCGCAGAAAGAAAAUUACUGGAAAACUUCUAUUGGUGUGAUAAAGCGUUCAAACUCACCUUCCAGGGUUUCUGCUGGCAGUUUUUGUAGCCAGAAAAACUCAGCCAACGUGCAAGAGAGCGGUGCUUCAAAUCACAGCUAUGGAUUUCCUGGACAACUAUGCGUCAAUCAGGUUUCUCCUUCAAGCAACUCCAGUCAAAGUGUUGGCACUCAGCACUCGAGCAACAUGCUGCAUAAAGGUGUUUUACAUAGUAACUUACUUCCCCACAAUGUGGAACCCGGAAGCUCUGGAAGUGGUCAAGAGGGAACUAUUUCAGUGCCUGUGGCUCCAUGCACAGUAUCUUCAACUACUGAUAUUUCUGAUCCUUCGAAUUCUUGGAAUUCACAAACUAAAUUUAGUAAUUCUUCAACAUCUUCAGGAUCAGAUGUGAACAAUGUUCCAACAUUUGAUUCUACUUUUCUAUUUGUAUCAAAACCUGAUCAAUGACAUGCGAAGAAAGUGGAUGAUCCUUUGAAUGCUGAUGUGACAAAUUUUUCAACAUAAUGGGACCCAUUUCAGGGGGUGAAGAAUGACAGCAAUAGCUAUACAUAUUGUUUG